CGUCCGAUAAAAUUGUUUUACAAAAAUAAUGACAAUUACGUAGCCGCAGUGCGUUCAUUUCAUCUUCACUUUAAUCUUUAACGCCAUGAUUCGGUACUAUCUGCUAAGGCUAUUAAAAUAUGGAUUACUAACUUAGAAAAAAUGUGUCCCUGAAAGAAACCCAUAUACGAAGUAAGCUCGAAAAGAGAUUACCAUCAUAUUGAGGACAUGAUUUAAAAAAAAUAAAUGUUUCUAGAAAAUAAUUAACCAGAAAAUAAAGGAUAAGGCUAGUUCUAUGGGAACGUAGAGGUCUUUGAUGAAGCUGGCAGCUUCUGUCUGGAUUGACCACAUCGUCGCUUUCGCUAGUAUAUGUGCACCUAUCACCCGAGCAAGAGUUUUCAACACAAGAUUCUACGAGCGAAAACUGAACCUUUUAUUUUCAUUGUUUUUCGGUUUUCACGCUUGUCAGUCGAGCCGCUUCACAUUUCUAACUAAAUAUUAAGAUAUGGAUUGGAACGAACAAAAUACUAUAACAUUUAUUGAAAUGUAUGAACAAAAACCAAUACUUUGGUGUGCAAAACACCCUCAGUAUUAUAAUAAAAUUAAAAGAAAUGAUGCUUGGGAAGAAAUAGCAAAAGAAAUUGGGUUUUCAGCUGAUGAAUGUAGAAAAAAAAUGACUGGCUUGUCAUCUGCAAUGAGACGAGAAAAAGCUAAGAUUAAAAAAAGCUUUGGAACAGGAAAAGGUGCAGAUGAAAUAUACACAAGCUCUUGGUAUGCGUACAACCAUAUGAAAUUUCUUUGGGAUAAGAAUACACCUUGCCAAACAACAACUUCUAUACCGAUUGAAAAAGAGAUUGACAUGACAGAAAUGAUCGGAAAUGAUAUAGCUUCUCCAAACUCGUCUCUAUCACCACCGCCAAGCUCAUCUCUAUCACCACCGCCAAGCUCAUCUCUAUCACCACCGCCAAGCUCAUCUCUACCACCACCGCCAAGCUCAUCUCAGCUACCACAACCUAGUCUUUCAACGCCUAAUCUAGCGUCCUCAAAAAAAAGAAAGAAGCCAGAAGAUCCUCGAUUAGAUAAAGCUUUUGAACUUUUAACUGCUGCUGCUUCUGCUACAAAUGCUGACGAAUCGCAAAAUUUUGGCGAUUUUGUGGCAAACAAACUAAGAAAGUACUCAGCUAGAACACAAAGUGCAAUUCAACAUGCGUUUAUGGGUAUUUUUCUGAAUGCAGAUAAUGGCAUGUACGAACAGCCUUUGAUACCUCAGCAGGGCCGUCCUUAGGAUUUGCGAGGCCCAGGGCGAAAAUUUUUGUAACACUGUUUUGCUACUAUACGAGUAUAUAUAUGUACUAUAACCAUAUAAAGAC